UCACAAUACACAAAACCCCAAUCUCACAGAGUUAUCCCCCAAAACCCCACAAAAAAUGCAGUCUCUCCAAACCCUCUCCUUCUUCACAACCCUCCUCCCCCUUCCAUCAAAACCCCUCCUUAAACCCUCAAUUCCACACCUCAAAUCCAAUUUCCCGACGAAAUCAGCCACCACAGCUCCCCCACUCCGCUUCCUCGUCCGCGCCUACUCCUCCGACGAGUUCCCCGUCGGCGACGACGACGCAUUCCUCGCCUCAUUCGGCCCGAAGGAGAAAGAAUCCGAAGAGGAAGCCCGGAGAAGGAACUGGGUCGAAAGGGGGUGGGCCCCAUGGGAGGAAAUCCUCACCCCCGAAGCCGAUUUCGCCCGGAAGUCACUCAACGAGGGUGAAGAGGUGCCGCUUCAAUCCCCCGAGGCAAUCGAGGCUUUCAAAAUGCUAACUCCAAAGUACCGCAGAGAGAAAAUCAAGGAAAUGGGCCUCACUGAAGACGAGUACUACGCGAAGCAGUUCGAGAUUAAGGGAGAAAUUCCCGACCCGAUCGAGACUCUGUGGAGUGGGCCGUUGGUUUUGGGGCUUGUGCCCCCCAGGGAUUGGCCCCCCAGGGGGUGGGAGGUGGAUAAGGAGGAGCUCGAGUUCAUUCGUGGGGCCCACAAGCUGCAUUCGGCUGUGAGGUUGGAUUACGAGAAGGUGGAGGAGAGUGUGAAGGAGGCCAAGGAUACGGGCGAUAUGUGCUUCGAUAGGUAUAAGGUUUUCUUGAAACAGUAUCAUGAGUGGGUCGAGGCGAAUAGGGAUCGGUUGGAGGAGGAAUCGUACAAGCUUGACCAAGAUUAUUAUCCCGGCAGGCGGAAAAGGGGGAAAGAUUAUAACGAGGAAAUGUAUGAGCUUCCAUUCUAUUACCCAGGACAAAUUUGUGCAGGUAAAGUAACAGCUGUACAUCUUUAUCAAGGAGCAUUCGUCGACAUUGGAGGUGUCCAUGAUGGGUGGGUCCCGAUCAAGCGCAAUGACUGGUAUUGGCUCCGACAUCACAUCAAAGUCGGUAUGCACGUCAUGGUUGAAAUCUUAGCAAAACGAGAUCCUUACCGCUUUCGAUUUCCUUUAGAGCUACGAUUUGUCCAACCCAAUAUAGACCACCUAAUCUUCAAUACGUUUGAUUUUCCACCAAUAUUCCAUCGUGACGAAGAUACGAAUCCAGAUGAAUUACGUCGUGAUUGUGGAAGACCUCCGAUUCCUAGAAAAGAUCCUGGAAUCAAAUGGGAGGAGGAACCUUUACUAUCAGAUCACCCGUAUGUCGAUAAGCUGUGGCAAAUACAUAAUGCUGAACAAAUGAUAAUGGAUGACAUGGUGGCCAAUCCCGAUAAAUAUAAAGGCAAGAAGUUAUCGGAAUUGACCGACGAAGAAGAAUUUGACGACGAUAACAGCGUCGAGUAUGGAAAAGCGUAUUAUAAGAAAUCACUACUUAACAAAAUGAUUGUGAAAAUAAGGUUAAAAGAACUCGAUUUGGAAGCUGCAUUUGCUGAGCGUGAGCACCACCGUAAACUAAGUAAAGAAGCUGAAGAAAGAGGAGAGAAAUACAAAAUCACAAUGUUCAAGCGAAAUGAGGAAAUGGAUGAAUACGACCUUAUCCAUUGGCGGCGAUCGUUUGAAGAAAGAGAAGCUCUUCUUCGAGAUAUUAGCUGCCGUCAAACGCUGGGACUUCCACUGGAAGAGCCAGGUAGGUACGUGGACCCCAACUUCUUUGGAAAAGACCAAUAUGACCCUGACAGUCCGUUGUACCGUUACGACUAUUGGGGCGAGCCGAAGAAUUCGGAGAAAAGCAGACAAGAACGCAUGACAGAUGCACACAACAAAUCCAUAGUCGGUAAGGGUACUGUUUGGUACGAAAUGUCUUACGAAGAAGCAAUCAAGCAGCAAAUGGAGAGGGAGAAACUUGGAAUUAAACCGAAAGUAUAUGAUGACGAGGAUUCAGACAAAGACGACGAUGAUGAUGACAGUGACGAUGACGACUUUGAUUACAGUAUUUUGGGAUCUCCAAGUGCCGAACUAGUGGCCAGUCAGCCUCAUGUUAACGGCACUGAAUCUUCGAGAUUGUCCGAUGAAGGAAUUUUCGAGGAUUAGUUUUAGACAAAAUAUAUAUAUGAGAAUUUUUGUGUAGAGGGAAAAACAUUUUUGUAGUGUAUGUAUCACACACUAAUCACCUUAUUUAACAAUAUAUUAAAACUA